AUGCCCCAAGACACUCAGCCCCAAGACACUCAGCCCCAAGACACUCAGUCCCAAGAACCUCAGAAUCCAGACACUCACCCCCAGACACUCAGCCCCCUGGCACUGAGCAUCAAGACACUCAGCCCCCUGACACUCAACCCCAAGCCACUCAGCCCCAAGACACUCAGCCUCCAGACACUCAGCACCCAGACACUCAGCCCCAAGACACUCAGCCGCAAGACACUCAACCCCCACCCCAAGACACUCAGCCCUCAAACACUCAGCCCCAAGCCACUCAGCCCCAAGCCACUCAGCCCCAAGCCACUCAGCACCCAGACACUCAGCCCCAAGACACUCAGCCCCAAGACAAUCAGCCCCCACACACUCAGCCCCAAGACACUCAGCCCCAAGACACUUAGCCCCAACACACUCAGCCCCCAACACCCUCAGCCUCCAGACACUCAGUCCCAAACAUCUCAGCCACCAGACACUCAGCCCCCAGACACUCACCACUCAGCCCCCAGCUACUCAGCCCCAGACACUCAGCCCGAAUACACUCAGCCCCAGCCACUCAGCCCCCAAACACUCAACUCCAAGGCACUCAGCCCCCAGACAUUCAGCCCCCAGACACUCAGCCCUCAGACACUCAGCCCUCAUAUAAUCAGCCCCCAGAUACUCAGCCCUCAAACACUCAGCCCCAAGAGACGCAGCCUCAAGACACUCAGCCCCCAGACACUCAGCCCCAAGACACGCAGCCUCAAGACACUCAGCCCCCAGACACUCAUCCUCCAAACACUCAGCCCCCAGAGACUCAGCCCUCAGCCACACAGCCCCCAGAAACUCAGUCCCAAGACACUCAGCCUCCAAACACUCAGCCCCACGACACUCAGCCCCAAGACACUCAGCUCCCAGACACUCAGCCCUCAGACACUCAGCCCUCAGACAAUCAGCCCCCAGACACUCAGCCCCCAAACACUCAGCGACAAGACACGCAGCCUCAAGACAUACAGCCCCCAGACACUCAGCCCUCAAACACUCAGCCCACAGAGACUCAUCCCUCAGCCACUCAGCCCCCAGACACUCAGUCCCCAGACACUCAGCCUCCAAACACUCAGACCCACGACACUCAGCCCCAAGACACUCAGCCUAAAACCACUCAGCCCUCAUACAAUCAGCCCCCAGACACUCACCCCCCAACAACUCAGCCCCAAGACACUCAGCCCUCAGACACUCAACCCCCAGACACUCAGCCCCCAAACACUCAGCCCCAAGACGUGCAGCCUUAAGACAUUCAGCCCUCAGCCACUCAGCCCCCAGACACUCAGUCUCCAGACACUCAGCCUCCAAACAUUCAGCCCCCAGAGACUCAGCCCUCAGCCACUCAGCCCCCAGACACUCAGUCUCAAGACACUCAGCCUCCAAACACUCAGCCCCACGACACUCAGCCCCAAGAUACUCAGCUCCCAGAGACUCAGCCCUCAGACACUCAGCCCUCAGCCAAUCAGCCCCCAGACACUCAGCCCCCAAACACUCAGCGACAAGACACGCAGCCUCAAGACAUACAGCCCCCAGACACUCAGACCCCAAACACUCGGCCCACAGAGACUCAUCCCUCAGCCACUCAGCCCCCAGACACUCAGUCCCCAGACACUCAGCCUCCAAACACUCAGACCCACGACACUCAGCCCAAAGACACUCAGCUCCCAGUCACUCAGCCCCCAGACACUCAGCCCAAAGACACUCAACCCCCAGACACCUCUAGGCAUUCAGCACCCAGACACUCAGUCCCCAGCCAUUCAGCCCCCAGCCACUCAGCCCCCAGGCACUCAGCCCCCAGACACUCAUCCCCAAGCCAUUCAACCCCAAGAUACUCAGCCCCCAGACACUUAG